CCCAUACCUUCUCCAUGCACCGAACACAAAGUGCAGACACAUACACUCACAGUGUCGGAACUUGGAAGGGGCAGAAGCAGAAAACCGUAUACCUUUGCAGAAUGACGGGUCCCAUGGAGAUUCCGGUGAUCGAUCUCAGCGGCCUCAACGGCGGCGACGAGCAGAGGUCGCGGACACUGGCGGAGCUCCACGACGCCUGCAAGGACUGGGGCUUCUUCUGGGUGGAGAACCACGGCGUGGACGCGGCGCUGAUGGACGACGUCAAGCGCUUCGUCUACGGCCACUACGAGGAGCACCUGGAGGCCAAGUUCUACGCCUCCGACCUCGCCAAGAACCUCGACACCGCCACCGACGACGGCGAGGCUGAGGUGGAGCCGCCCUCCGACAAGGUGGACUGGGAGUCCACCUACUUCAUCCAGCACCACCCCAAGACCAACGUCGCCGACUUCCCGGAGAUCACGCCGGCGUGCAGGGAGACGCUGGACGCGUACAUCGCCCAGAUGGUGUCUCUGGCGGAGCGCCUGGGCGAGUGCGUGAGCCUGAACCUGGGCCUCCCGCCCGGCCACGUCGCCGGCACCUUCGCGCCGCCGUUCGUCGGCACCAAGUUCGCCAUGUACCCGUCGUGCCCGCGCCCGGAGCUGGUGUGGGGCCUGCGCGCGCACACCGACGCCGGCGGCAUCAUCCUGCUCCUCCAGGACGACGUCGUGGGCGGGCUCGAGUUCCUGAAGGGCGGCACCCACUGGGUCCCCGUCGGACCCACCAAGGGCGGAAGGCUCUUCGUCAACAUCGGGGACCAGAUCGAGGUGCUCAGCGGCGGCGCCUACCGGAGCAUCGUGCACCGCGUCGCGGCCGGGGACCAGGGCCGCCGCCUGUCCGUAGCCACGUUCUACAACCCAGGCCCCGACGCCGUGGUGGCGCCGGCGGCCAGCAUCCGGCGGGAGGACGCCGACGCGGCGGCGGCGUACCCCGGACCCUACAGGUUCGGGGACUACCUCGAGUACUACCAGGGCACCAAGUUCGGCGACAAGGACGCCAGGUUCCAGGCCGUCAAGAAGCUGCUCGGUUAAGCGAUCGAUCCAGCACCAGCAGCACCAGCUGCAUUGCCAGAGGCCAGCAGGCAGCUAGCUUAUUAGUUCGUGGAUUAUGCGUUGCGUUGCGUUUCGAUUUCGAGAUUGCUUCUUGUUGAUCCAUUGUCGAUCUGCAUAGUAUAUGCACUGGGGUCGCGUGUUUAAGUUUAUUUAGCAAAUCUUUUACGUAGUCAUUACUGGUACUACGUUCGUAUUCAGCUGUGGUGUUGACUAUACAAUGUUGCGGCUUAAUUAAUUGCGCAUCCCGUUUGGUGGA